CUCGUGAACUUAUCCUUUUAACCUCACACCUUACACUCUUCUCUUCUCAUCAACCAAAUCUCCUUUUCCAUGGCGUUGAGCUCAGCUUCAUCUUCGCUAAGUAAUCUAAGCUACAUUUCUUUCCAAUACAAAAACCCUAGAUUCUCUACUACCUUUUCCUCUGUUGAUUCGUCAAAAUGUACUCUCCGCAUUACUGCUGAUUCUGCUCCUAAAGCUCGAUUUAUUUCCCGGCGUAAAGAGUCAUUAUCUGUUAAGCAGCUUCAACGUCCGCUAAUGGAGUAUAUGAGCUUGCCAGCGAGCCAGUACUCGGUGUUGGAUGCAGAGAGGAUUGAACGAGUGGAUGAUAGUACGUUCAGGUGUUACGUGUAUAGGUUCAAGUUCUUUGCAUUUGAAGUAUGUCCUGUUUUGUUGGUAAGAGUUGAGGAGCAGCCUGAUGGAAGUUGUAUCAAGUUGUUGUCUUGCAAGCUUGAGGGAUCUCCUAUUGUGGUCGCUCAAAAUGAUAAAUUUGAUGCUUCUAUGGUGAACAAAAUAUCUUAUGAUAGCAAGCGAAGAGACUCACCUUUGCAGCAGCUCACUUCAGAUGCUGUUAUUGAGGUUAACAUUGAAAUUCCCUUUGCAUUUCGAGCAAUUCCAGUGCAGGCAAUCGAGUCAACUGGUUCUCAGGUCCUAGAUCAGAUACUAAGGAUCAUGCUCCCUCGGUUUAUGUCACAGCUAGUGAAGGACUAUCAAGCUUGGGCUUCAGGUGAUACUUCGAGGCAGCCUCUAGGAACUGGUCAGAUUUGAGACAGCAAAAGUCAUGAUCCUAUGCAAGUCUAAAUUGCAUGAGAGCAGGAAGUUCUUUGGUGGAAACAAAUAUUUUCCGCCAGUUUCUCCAUAUCAAGCUGAUAAUUUGAUUUUCUCAACUUAUGCUCGGUUAGUGGUUAAAUUGCAGCUCACUCCAGGCAAGUGUUCCUGCCAAGCACCAACCAUAAAUGUGUAGAAAAAUAUGGAUGGAUAAUCUGUAUGUAUUGAAUUUUGUUGCCAGAUGACAUGUUUAAGCCCUGCACAAACUAUUUUCUUCAUAUAUUUGGUGUAAAGACAGUCUGGCUGCCGUUGAUGUAGGAGUUAUUUCAGUCAAACUCUUUGGAUGUCUUCUCCUUUUAUUUUAUAGAUCUUUAAAACUUCCAUCUUUUAUGCAAGUUUUUUUAGUUUUGGAAUA